AUGAUGCUCGGCAGCCCAUCCAAGAUGAAGAUGUCGGCAUCUUUCGUCCCUGGAGACAAGCCAGUCCGAAUACGCGGCAGGCUAACUGGUCACAUGUGGAAGCUGAACAACAAUGUCGAACCCACGGCGAAGAACCUCAGGGAUAUAUCGAGCUGGCGACGGCGCUUGUUUCUAAUCGAGGAUGGAGAAGGUGGCGUGGCUAUGAUGUAUCUCUCGGAAAAAGAAGAUGGUCUGAUGGUGCCCGGGGCAAUGCUGCGCGGCAGGAAGAAAGGCACAAAGUCCCUUUCCAGGCUGCAGAAGAUCGAGGCACUGCCAGAAGUGGUGCUCGAUCCGGUUGCUGAUGAUAUGACAUACAGCACGAUGAACAACAUCAAGCAAUACGAAAUUGCUUUCUUUGGUGGGCAGGUGACAUGGACGCACGAUGGUCAAUUGCUUGUUCAGAGGAUGUCAGAGGCUUUCAACUUUACAGCGGUUAGCUCACUGAGUCCAGCCGCGUACCUACGUGCUUGCAGCUUCUGGCCCAAUUCCCGCUUGAUGCUGGUAUUGGUGAUGCCAGCAAUGGCCAUCGUCCACAAUUUUGCACGACAAGGUCUAGAGCAAAGCAUAUCUGGCCAGAAGCAAGCUGAUGACAUCCGCUUCUUGUCCCUUAUUGGGACCGAGGGGUCGGGGCAUCAUUUGCUGACUCCGGUCUUGCGCAAGGUGAUGAACAUGACUCUUGUGGACCUCCGAGGGGUAGGCCCAGCUCGCCACAUCAGCCAGGCUAGCUUUGUAGGCGGCGAAGAUGUCUUCAAUGCUUUUAUGGCAAACGAUGCAUCGGCCUUUCACGAAGCACUUCUGCAGCACCAAUCCGGAGAUUUGAUUCAACAAGCUUACAGCUUCCCAACAAAGUUUCAUCAUCGGUCUGCAGACUCGAGACUCUUCGACCUGAGCGGUCUCUACCAGAUGUUGGACUCUGCUGGGGUGAGCCGGAAGGCGGUUAUUCGCUACGAGCGGGAUUUAGGCGAUUGCGCCAGGUCCGUCUUUAAGCGCUGGCCAGACCUUUGCGAGGAUAACCUCAAAGCAUGCGAAGCACAGCAAGAAGCUUUCAACAAAGUUAUAGAGACAAGCCUCGAGACCCUCAACAACAUGCAGGUGCCCAUUCUGCGGAUCGGUAUUGCCCAGUUGCAGCAAAACUGCCAUAAGGUUGGCCGCAAAUUGCUUCAGUUUUUUCGCGACGCAAACAUGUUGCUUCCCGAUUCGCCCUGGCAUCAAGAGGACGAGGGCCUGAAUGUAAAGACAUUGCCGGAGAAGCUCUAUCCGAUGAGGCUGCGCUGGACAGAUGGUGCUGGCAAGGAGCAGCAAAUCUUGGUGGCGGCACCUGAAGACGUGAGCCGUAAAGCAUGGAUGGUUGUCAUCCGAACUUCAGCUGGCAUGGGAAUGGCUGGCCAUGCCGUGGUUUGA